CCCUCCUCGUCAUGCGGGACGCGGGCGGGGGGCGGACGCCUCCUGGUGACGCGCCCUCCUCCUGCCCUUCAGCGCCGCCGCAGCCGCCACAUGGACCCCGCCGGCCCGAGCGCGCGCCGCCGCUGACUGCAGCCGGAAGCAGGGACUCUGCCUCCUCCUAUGUGAGUCCUGAACCCAGUGGUCACCGAGGAACCAAGCCAUCAUCAUGGAGUUUGUGAUGAAACAGGCCCUGGGAGGGGCUACCAAGGACAUGGGGAAGAUGCUAGGGGGUGAUGAGGAGAAGGACCCCGAUGCAGCUAAGAAGGAAGAGGAGCGCCAGGAGGCACUGCGGCAGGCGGAGGAGGAGCGCAAGGCCAAGUAUGCCAAGAUGGAGGCUGAGCGAGAGGUCAUGCGGCAGGGCAUUCGUGACAAGUAUGGCAUCAAGAAGAAGGAAGAACGUGAAGCUGAGGCCCAGGCUGCCAUGGAGGCCAACUCAGAGGGCAGCCUGACCCGGCCCAAGAAGGCUAUCCCACCGGGAUGCGGUGAUGAGCCAGAGGAGGAGGACGAGAGCAUCCUGGACACAGUCAUCAAGUACCUGCCUGGGCCACUGCAGGACAUGUUCAAGAAGUAACACGGCCUGGCAGCCGGGAGCCGAAGCCCCUACCUGCCCCCUGUACAGACCCUCUCAGAGGCCCCCAGGGACAUCGGGAGCAGCACGGCUCUCAUGCCACUAUAAGCCAUAGUCCUAGGUCCACCCUUCCCGUGCUCCUCCCGUGCUCCUCCCACACUGACCGACACAGCCCCCCAUGCUGGUUGGACCCCCCUGCCCACGCAUCCACCACCCAGGGUCACCCCAGGACCAGCCCCUCAUCCAUGCUGGGUGUGGUCCAUGCAACAUGGGUAGCUGUGGGGUUUGAACUCAGGAGCACAGCCAUAGUUGGGGGUGGGUAUCUGGGUAGGGCAGCAGCGGCACCUGGCCCAUCACACACGACCUGGGUUGCUGGGCCUGAUAAACCCUGCUUCUGUCUUCCUGUCUGUUCUGCUGCCCAUGCCAGCCCGCCCAGGCCUUGCUGUCUGUGUCCACAGGUCUCUUUCUGUCUUUCCCUCCCUCCUCUGGGAGGCUCGCCUCAGCCUGUUCCCAUCUCAACCAAGGGAAACAAAGAAACAGGUCCAGAGUUCUGUUACCUGUGCAGCGCAUGCUUUCGACCUGCUCCUCCCUGGCACUGUGGUCCCAAAGGGGCUCCUCCCCUUGCCAGGGGACACCUGCACUCCAAUGCUUUGGAGACCUGAGAACAUCAAGAGGGGUGCUGACAGAUGGGUGCAGGGGCUCAACUGUUCCUGCCCUUCUUCGUGGAAUGGUGUAGGCCCCAGGUAGGGGCUGAGGGGCUCCCUGCGCCCAGACCAACAGACCCAAGGGAAUUGGCAGAAAGACCCUAGUGCAUUGUGUCCACCUUCCUGUGCCCCUCCCUCGUUUGCCUCCCCCAUGUUUAAUUUGCAUCACAAUAUGUUGAAUCUCAGGUAAAUGAGGUCUUCAGUAUUUGAUGAGUUUUAUCUUGACAGAAAGGCUGUUGCCUCGCCCGACCCCUAGCCCUUUCUGUCUACAUCAAAACUGCAUUCAGUGUCCAUGGGGUGGCAAGCCAGGGCCAUAGCAUGACACUGAUCUUCAUGACCUUACAUAGUUCUUAGAGAAGCCAUAUCAAUUAGACUGCAAUACUAACCACGGACACCCUUCCGUCCAAAGAGGCGAAGCAUGCCCGGCGCCUGCGCCCUGCUCGCCCCUGCCAUCUUUUGCUCCUCUUAGGUCCACGUCUUUUUAAAAUGCUUGUUUCCACGUUGAAAAGCCAGCUCUGAGCAGCCUGGGUGUUCUCUCAUGUCAAUUCCAAAUCCGUGGCCAGUGCAUGGGUGCCCAGGGCCGCCGAGCUUAGCUAGAUUUGUGGGUGUCACUGUCUGUUUGUCUGCACCUGGCCUCCUCCUGCAUGUCGGAGCCCUUGUGUGUGGUCUCUCUGGAUGGAAUCACAGCCAAUAAACAGUGAUUUCACACCGUG